UUUCACAUCUGUACCACUCUCAAGUUUUCUUGCGAUGUCUAUAUGUUGUGUUAAUUAAUAGAUACAGUCCAUGUCUUGGAUGGAACCUAUGGGCCGAAGUAGACAGACAAUGAAGCAACUGCCAUGCAAGGCGAAUUAAACGGUGCAUAUAUCUCUUUUGUAUCGACAAUGAGAGAAAUGAUCUAGCAUGGUAUAAAAAUUUUGCAACGACUGAAAGCAGUAUGCUGAGGUCGAGGAGGAGAGUGCCGCAUCUUCACUUGAUAGCCAAAGGGCUGUCCUGUUCUUGCUCCUCUUCCUUACACCAUGCCACCCAUCUCUGGCCUAAUACACCACAGCAACAGCAACUACUAAAGCACUUGGUCUCUCUCUUACAAAAACACUCAUCGAGCCGCCAAGCCACCCAACAAGUCCACUCUCACUUCAUUACCUCUGGCUUUCUACACAGCCACCAGUCCACAUCCCAUAUCCUUCUCCUUGUUAACACUCUGCUCCGCUGCUAUUCCCUCGGCCAAUUCCCUUUAGAAGCUCUCCUGCUUUACAAAAACCUCAACUGUCUUUCCUUUGACAGCUUCACCUAUACUUUCCUACUCCAUACCUGUGCUAACUUACACUCUAUCUUCUCAGGACUUCAACUCCAUGCUCUCGUCGUCAAAGUUGGUUUUCAGUCCCAAGUUUAUGUCCAAACUGCUUUGGUAUAUGUAUAUGCAGUUUGUGGGUCUUUACAUGAAGCCAUGCAUGUGUUUCACGAAAUGCCUGAGAGGAACACCGUAACCUGGAAUGUCAUGAUCUCCGGUUUGGCGAAAUGGGGUCAUCUCCAACUUUCUCGUUCUCUCUUCGAUCAGAUGCCUACUCGGACUGUUGUGUCAUGGACAGCUAUCAUUGAUGGGUACACACGCAUGAAUCAGCCCGUCGAAGCUUUGUCUUUAUUUCGAAGAAUGGUUAUUUAUGAAGGUAUAAAACCCAGUGAAAUGUCUCUCCUUGCCAUUUUUCCGGCUAUAUCAAUUAUGGGAGCCCUUAAAAUCUGCCAAUCGGUUCACGCUUAUGGGGAGAAAAGAGGAUUUAAUACAUCUAACAUACGCAUUACAAAUUCUCUCAUAGACUCGUAUGCAAAAUGUGGAUGCAUAAAGAGUGCAUCAACAUUGUUCGAGGAUACAUCUGCCCAGAGGAAAAAUCUGGUGUCUUGGACAUCCAUAAUAUCUAGUUUUGCAAUGCACGGCAUGGGAAAAGAAGCUAUGGAGAGUUUCGAGAGGAUGGAGGAAGUUGGAAUGAAGCCGAAUCGGGUAACUUUCUUGAGUCUUUUAAAUGCCUGUAGUCAUGGUGGACUGGUCGAGGAGGGGCUAAAAUUUCUGAAUAAGAUGCUAAAUAGUUACCAAAUUGUGCCAGAUAUCAAGCACUAUGGGUGUUUAAUAGAUAUGUUGGGGAGAGCGGGGAGGUUAGAAGAAGCUGAGAAGAUGGCAUUGGGGAUUCCUGUCGAGAUUCUCAAUGUGGUGAUUUGGAGGACACUUUUGGGUGCUUGUAGCUUUCACGAUAACGUUGAGAUGGGUGAGAGAGUCACCGGCAAGAUAUUGGAGAUGGAAAGAGAAUAUGGAGGGGAUUAUGUGCUCAUGUCCAACAUCUUUGCAGGUGUAGGGAUGUUUGUAGAUGCUGAGAGGCUGAGAAAAUUGAUGGAUAAAAGAAAAAUCUUCAAAGUUCCAGGCCACAGUUUGGUCUGACUGAAGGUGAAGAUGUGGGGAUGUUUGGAGAUGCUGAGAAAAUUGAUGGAUAAGAGGAAUUUCUUCAAUGUUCCCAGCCACUGUUUGGUCUAACUGAAGGUAAAGAUGGAUGAUCACGUCUAGACAGAUUCUCCUAUAUCCAAAUGCUGGGGUGAUAAGUAAAUUGCAUGAUGUCAUGACAGAUAUCUCAUACGGAGUGCUUUUGUGUCGGUGUAGACUGCCUCUCAUGGGGUCUCUUUCUCUUUCGAUUGGGUUAAUUUUGGGAAUCUGCAUAAAAAAAGAGGGUUGUUAUGAUUUUAUUUGCAAGAAGAAUUGGAUUUCUGCAAGAAACGGGAACCAAAAGGGCCUCACUCCUGGACUUGCUGAGGUUGAACUCUUUCAGAGGGAAUCUAUUUGAUUGUUCUUCGCUUCCACUUUCAUGGAUCGCUUUUAUUUUGUCUGGCUAUGGUGAGAACAAGUUCAAGGAUGAUCCAUAGCUAAAGCAACAAGGCCAGAAGAACUUUGCCCAAAAUAAUUACAUGUGCUACAACACUAGCAAUCUUGUCCUGGUAACCAAUACCAAUUCCCAUUUUAUAUCUUCAAAUCACAACCCAAAAAUCCCACUUUCUGCUUUCAGGCAGGAACCUGACAGUGCCCCAUCCUUUUUCACUCUUCCCAUAAUGGUGGGAUUCCAGUAUUUUGGAAAAUCAAUCUUGCCUUUGAUCCAGGAAGUUGUUCAACGCUGUAAGUGGAUUAUAAAAGAAGGCCAACUCAUUUUCCGGUUUGAGGAUUGGUUUAGAAAAGGAAUUUUAGCUGAAAAGGCAAGAGUUAAUCCAGCAGAGGGAUCUUAAAGUUGCUGAUAUGACAUCUUUGGUUGGAAUAUGGACAGGCUGCUAGAUUAUUCUGUGCCUGGAAUUAGCUGAAUAAUUCAGUGGCUCAAUUUAGUGGCUCUCUUUUUAUCUAGUACUCCACUAUCCCUUCUUUUCAGCUGUAAUCCUCUGUUGAGUGUAGUGCCUUUUUUGUGAGGAACUAGCUUUUGUUAGGUCAUGCAAUCUUUUUUUGGAGAGCGGUAACUCGAUUCCAUAGAUGGCGCCAUCUGUUGAUGCAAUUUUCCGAUGGACAACAUAGUCAAAUGGCCCCUAAUAGUACUUGGACUUUGAUAUGGUGCUCAGCUAUCUAGAGAGAGUGUGUGUGAGUCCCAAGAGAGAGUAUAGAAGUGCCUUUUAUGUUUGUAGUGGUUUCCCUCCUUUUAUACAGGUCUUAGUUACGGUUUGUACAGUGAGAUUAGAUAAUAUGGAUUUAGAUAAAAAUUAAAAAUUGAAUAAAA